AGGCUGCGGCGGCCGCGGGAGAGGCGUCCACAGCGGCGGCGGCUGGGGCAGCGGCGGACGCGCGGCCAAGCAGGGCGGCGGCGAGCCCGGGUCCUUUUGUGGCACAUCUGGCCUCUCAGCCACAACCAAGAGCAGAUUAUCACUCACGUAAGGACAGAGAAGCCACGGGACUCCAGCGGGCACGGCCCUGACUUGGGAGCCAGACUUGCCGCGGCCAUCUUGUUCAGUGGGUUUGUCCCAUCAGCCUGGAUCGGUGAGCCUGAAUCACAAGACACAGUGCUGGCAAACACAUAUUCCCUGAGUGGCCUGCUGUGGAUUCAAGCAUAAAGUCCUAGCUCCUGUCCUGGAGGUGCUCACCUUCUAGGAAGAGAGGCAGACAGGUUUGCUGGGAUGGGAAACCUGCUCAAAGUCCUUACCAGAGAAAUUGAAAACUAUCCACAUUUUUUCCUGGAUUUUGAAAAUGCCCAGCCCACGGAAGGAGAGAGGGAAAUAUGGAACCAGAUCAGCGCCGUCCUCCAGGAUUCUGAGAGCAUCCUCGCAGACCUGCAAGCUUACAAGGGCGCGGGGCCAGAGAUCCGAGAUGCGAUUCAAAAUCCCAACGACAUCCAGCUUCAAGAAAAAGCUUGGAAUGCAGUGUGUCCUCUGGUUGUGAGGCUAAAGAGAUUUUAUGAAUUUUCCAUAAGGCUAGAAAAAGCUCUUCAGAGUUUAUUAGAAUCUCUGACCUGUCCGCCCUACACACCGACCCAACACCUGGAGAGGGAGCAGGCCCUGGCGAAGGAGUUUGCGGAAAUUCUUCAUUUUACCCUUCGAUUUGAUGAGCUCAAGAUGAGGAACCCAGCCAUUCAGAAUGACUUCAGCUACUACAGAAGGACGAUAAGUCGCAACCGCAUCAACAACAUGCAUCUAGACAUUGAGAAUGAAGUCAAUAAUGAGAUGGCCAACCGAAUGUCCCUCUUCUACGCAGAAGCCACGCCAAUGCUGAAAACCCUCAGCAACGCCACCAUGCACUUUGUCUCCGAAAACAAAACCCUGCCAAUAGAGAACACCACAGACUGCCUCAGUACGAUGACAAGUGUUUGUAAAGUCAUGCUGGAAACACCGGAGUACAGGAGUAGGUUUACAAGCGAAGAAACGCUGAUGUUCUGCAUGAGGGUGAUGGUGGGAGUAAUCAUCCUCUAUGACCACGUCCAUCCCGUGGGAGCUUUCUGCAAGACAUCCAAGAUCGAUAUGAAAGGCUGCAUAAAGGUUUUGAAGGAACAGGCCCCGGACAGUGUGGAGGGGCUGCUGAAUGCCCUCAGGUUCACUACAAAGCACUUGAAUGAUGAAUCGACUUCCAAACAGAUUCGAGCAAUGCUUCAGUAGAGCUCUGCUCAAAGAAGAGGAUCUAUGUACUGACCUCAGAAGAUGUAUAUGUUUACAUAAUUUAAUACAGAUUGAUGUUAAUACUUGUGUAUUUACAUAACCGUUUCCUCCUUGUCACUGAAAUACACGGACCUUAAUUUGUAUCCUGA